AUGUCGUCGCUGAGCAUCUCCGAAAGCGAGCUGCAAGACAUCUACACGUUUGCCAUCGACCUGUCGCGCAAAGCGGGUCGGGCGAUCGUCGAAGGCUCCUCACGCCGGUUCUCUUCGUCCGCCGGAUUCGAUCAGAAGAAGAACACGGCCGAUCUGGUCACCGAGACGGAUCAGGCGACGGAAGAGCUCGUCAAGAAGGAGAUCUCCACCCGCUUCCCAUCGCAUCAAUUCAUCGGGGAGGAAAGCUGGGCGGCGGGGGAGGAGAACGCCAUUGGCGAUGCGGUGACUUGGAUCGUCGACCCGAUUGAUGGGACAACGAACUUUGUUCACGGUUUUCCCUUCACCUGCAUCUCGAUUGGUAUUGUUGUCGAUAAGCAGGCCGUAAUUGGGGUGGUCUAUGCGCCGUUCAUGGAUACGCUGUACCAUGGAUGCAAGGGCAAGGGGAGCUAUGUGAGCAGUCCGCACCACCAGACGCCGACACAGCUGCCAUUGGCCAACCCACAACCGCUGCCGAGCCUCACCCAGGCGCUGGUGGCCUUCGAGUGGGGAUCCGACCGUCGUUCCGCCGUGCUGUCCAAGAAGCUCAGUUCGUUCGCCAAGAUCACCGGCGAUGCGGAGGGCGGCGUAGUAGGGGGCAAAUUCGCCCAAGGCGUCCGAUCGAUCGGAUCGGCAGCAUUGAACUUUUGCCACGUCGCAAGCGGCAGUCUGGAUCUGUACUGGGAAAUCGGAUGUUGGGCAUGGGAUGUUUGUGCCGGGAUCGUCAUCGCUCAGGAAGCCGGCGCCGCGGUGGUCGGCAGUCAGACCCACGCAAAGGAGGUCAUCGAGGCAAAGGAGGGAUUCAACGUCGUCACACCGCAACUGCUGACGGGCAGGAAGUAUGUGGUGAUUAGAGCGAUCGAUGGUGCGGAUGACGGCAAGAACAGGGACGCGCAGAAGCAUAUCUUGGGCGAGUUCUACAGUUGUGUGGACGAAUGGGAUCCCUAG